AUGUCGACUCGCAUGGUCCGUCGUUUACUGGAGCAGCAGCAGCGCGAGGCGGAAAGCGUGAAGCUAAAGGCGGCUUCCGGCGCUGAGCGCGCCGAGGCCGCGGAGGGGGGAGGGGGGAGAGCGGAGGAAGGGGAUAGGGAGGAAGGAGAGGAGAGGGAGGACGAGGAGGAGGAAGAGGAGGAGGAGGAGGAUGAGGUUGAUUCGAAACUGAUAGCGGCUGCGCGGAAUGCGUUCGACCUUCUAGACAUGGAUGUACCGCGGCCGCUUCUAGCGGUGGAAACCCGGCUCCUGCGAGCAGACGAUGAGCUGAAGCGCAUCUUUGGCUCCAAGGUGAUCCGGCAGGUGGAGCGGCAAGCAGGGGGAGGAGAAGGAGGCGCAGGAGGAGCAGGAGGAGCAGGAGGAGGGAUGGGUGUGAGGGGAGGUGUGCGGGGGAGGCGUGGAGGAGGAGGGGGAGGGGGAGGGAGUGUGGGGAGGAGGGCGCUGCUGGUGCAGGAGAGGGAGCACUGGCCGCCAGGGGCAGUGGCGGAGAAGGGGCUUACCAUGGAGUUUGUGUGCGAAAGGAAGGGCGCAGGCACUGCCGCCGCCCCUGCUGCUGCUGCUGCUGCUGCUGCUGCUGCUACGUCUAGUGCCGCUGCUGCUAGUGAUGCUGCAGGGGGCGUGGGUGGGGGGGUAUCUGCGGCGUUCCCUGCGCUCCCCGUGCGUGUGUUUCGCUACGUGCGGUCGGCCACGUACCGCGCGGCGCAGCACCUGUUUGAGCAGACGGUGGCAUCGCAUGACCCCAACCAGCUGGGGCUGUUCGUGGCGCACCACCCCUACCACGUGGAGGGGCUGUUGGCGCUCUCAGAGGUGUACAAGCAGGUGGGUGGGAUGAUGCGCUUGUAUGGGGUGAUGCCUUUGCGUGGGGGAGACUGUCUCAGCAGCUAG